GCUGUGGGAUCGAUGGGGGCGCUAAUGUGUGCAACACCCGGUGUUUGAGUUGCGGGAUGGAGUUUCGCUGACACACACACACACACACACAUACAACAGCGUUACGGGAUAUUUGUUUUGACCCUGUCUGUCCACUAACAAAGCCAAAUCUACCGGGCGCACCUACCCGAGCAGCAUGGCCGAUAAUAUUAUCAUCAGGGUGCAGUCCCCAGAAGGGAUGAAAAAAAUUCCUUCUACAAAGAGGGAGACAGCUGCUGCUUUUUUAAAGAAGGUGGCCAAAGAAUUUGGGUUCAACUCUAAUGGGUUUUCGGUUUAUCUGAACCGCAACAAAACCGGAGAGCUCGUAUCCCAGAACAAAACCCUCAGCAUUCUUAAGAUCAAGCAUGGGGACAUGUUGUUUUUGUUCCCUUCAGAAUCCUCCACCUCCUCCGGGGAGGUUAUGGACACGGCCACCCCUCACACAUCUUCGUCGCUACCAUCCGUCUCGUCCUCUUCUUCGUCCUCCAUGAUCCCCCGGUCCUUCUCAGCGCCCCAGGUCCAGGAAGACGAGAUCGAUCAGUAUCUGGCCAAGCAAGAUGGCAAGAUCUACAGAAACAGAGAUCCGCAGCUAUGUCGCCACGGUGCCCUUGGGAAGUGUGUACACUGUGUACCGCUAGAGCCUUUUGACGAAGACUACCUGAAUCACCUCGACCCACCAGUGAAGCACAUGUCAUUCCACGCAUACCUUCGCAAGCUGACGGGCGGCGCCGAUAAGGGGAAGUUUGCUGCUCUGGAGAACAUCAGCUGUAAGAUAAAGUCGGGCUGCGAGGGUCACCCUCCCUGGCCGGAAGGCAUCUGCACCAAGUGCCAGCCGAGUGCCAUCACACUGAACAGACAGAAAUACAGACAUGUAGACAACAUCAUGUUUGAGAACCACACCAUUGCUGACCGCUUCUUGGACUUCUGGAGGAAGACGGGCAGUCAGAGGAUGGGCUACUUGUACGGCAGAUACACGGAGCACAAAGACAUCCCCCUGGGCAUCAGAGCGGAAGUGGCCGCCAUCUACGAACCCCCACAGAAUGCCACCCAGAACAGCCUGGAACUGUUGGAUGAUCCCAAAGCUGCAGCCGUGGACGAGAUUGCUGCCAAACUGGGCAUGUGCAAGGUGGGGUGGAUCUUCACGGACCUGCUGUCUGAGGAUACGAGGAUAGGCACCGUCCGCUACUCGAGAAACAGCGACUCGUAUUACCUGAGCGCGGAGGAGUGCAUCACAGCGGGAUACUUCCAGAAUGAACAUUCAAACCCCUGCAGACUUUCUCGAGACGGACACUUUGGAUCCAAAUUUGUGACUGUGGUCGCGACAGGUGGUCCAGAUAACCAGGUGCACUUUGAAGGAUAUCAGGUGUCCAAUCAGUGCAUGGCUCUGGUGAGAGACGAGUGCCUACUGCCCUGCAAAGACGUUCCCGAGCUGGGCUACGCUAAAGAGUCGAGCCCUGAGCAGUACGUACCAGACGUCUUCUAUAAGGACAAAGACAAAUUUGGAAAUGAUGUCACGUUUCUAGCUCGACCUCUUCCCGUGGAGUAUCUUAUUAUAGAUGAUUUUCACAGUUUAGCCACAUACCUGUCCCAGUGCACCUCCACAUCAUUCCUGAACAUCGUGUCAGACUUUCAUCUUCUCCUCUUCCUCGUCACCAAUGAAGUCAUGCCUCUGAGAGACAGCAUCGGGCUGCUACUUGAAGCAGUGAAGACUUCUAAUGAGGAUCUGGCACAGACCUGGAAGAAGUCUGAGCAGUGGGCCACCAUCGAGCAGCUGUGCAGACAACCACCCGCCUUCAUCGUUCUCUUCACCGACUCGCCGAGUAUCAUCCGUGAGGUGCUUUAG